CUCUCUUUCUCUCUCUCUCUUUCUUUCUCUCUGAACACACUCUCACACACACACACAAGAAACGGAUAGAAAAAGAUCAAAUUAGCUUAAAAAUCAACUAGUUAAUUAAUUAAUUAGUGAAAUCAAAUUAACAAGAGAGAUCAUGGGAAGAGCUCCUUGCUGUGACAAGAACAGUGUGAAGAAAGGGCCAUGGUCCCCUGAAGAAGAUGCCAAGUUGAAGUCAUAUAUUGACCAACAUGGCACUGGUGGCAACUGGAUUGCUUUGCCUCCAAAAAUUGGCCUGAAAAGAUGUGGAAAGAGCUGUCGACUUAGAUGGUUAAAUUAUCUGCGACCAAAUCUCAAGCAUGGUGGAUUCUCUCAAGAGGAAGAUAACAUUAUUUUGAGCCUCUAUAUUAGUAUUGGAAGCAGGUGGUCUAUUAUUGCAGCACAACUUCCGGGAAGAACUGAUAAUGACAUAAAGAACUACUGGAACACCAAGCUGAAGAAGAAGUUAUUCGGAAAACAGCGCAAAAAUCUUAGAGGUAAAAGCCAAAAACAAGGAUCAAGAAAAGGGAGAGAUCAAAUGAAUAGCUCCAUGGAUUCUCUCAACAAUAUUGACACAAACCCUAGUUGGUCUGAGUUUCCUAUCUUGCAAUCAAUACCAUACUCAAAUGAUGAACCACGUUACAGUAACGAUCAUGCUUCUAUUAGAAAGUUGUUGAUGAAACUUGGAGGAAAAUUCUAUGGUGUUGAUGAUGAUAAACCAAUGAAUGGAGAACCAAAUCCUCAAUAUGAUCCCAUGGGUAAUUCUUUGAGGCAUCCAUUAUAUUACAAUUCUAUAAAUUUGAUGUCUUAUGCUCCAAUGGGUGUCAUGAACACGUUGAAUUCUUCUUUCACAAAUUCUCAUGAGUACAACGUGGACGGGAAAGCAGUGUGCUGGGGCGACACUGACACUGAGAAACGAAAGCUAGGGGAGCGAAUGGGAUCAGAUACCUCAGUAGUCCUAACACUAAAUGAUGGAUGCAAUUCUACAAUUGGGCUUGAGCAUAUGGCGUACAGUGAUCCACAUAAGUUAGAUGGUCUUGAAAUGUUACACGAGGAUAUGCUUAAUAAUGAACCUUACACUAGUUUGGGAGGAAGCUUGGACUGGAAAGAUAUGAACAAUUUGGUGUUUCCCUUUCCUCCUCUAGUUGUUUCCAACAAUGAAGGUCAUCAACAUCGCACUUUGUUUGAAGAAGGGGCACUUAAUGAGCUUAGGUACCCUAGAGAUCAAUAAAUAUUUUUGUAAAUUUCGUUUUACAUUGUAUAUUUUCUUGGAGGAUAGAGACCUGGGGAUUAAUGUGUUUGUUGGAGAAACCCAAAUAAAUUUGUCUCCUCAAAAUAUUGAAUCUUUUGACUUGGUUAUUUGA